CUUCAUACCUUGUCACAGUGUUAAACGGUUCUCAUCUCAACCAGAAAGACACGAGAGCUUUCUGAGACACUUUGUCUCAGUCUGGAUUCUGAGGAGGACGAGCAGCAUGAGGAAGGAUGCUCCAGAUCUCUGACACCGAGUAGAAGAUGAGCAGAGCGAGGCCUAGCUCUUAGACCAAUCUCCAACACGUCAAACAUUCUGAGCACUCGGCUGUUCGGUUACAAAUCCGACUCACAUCAUCGCCUGAAGGACUGCUAUUGUUUUUCGGAGUGAAUGUUAGUAUUGUAAGCUGCAUUUCUGCUUCCCUUUUUUUUGCCACACACAGGUUUUUGUGUGUAUAUGUGUGUGUGUGUGUGUGUGUGUGUGUGCGUGCGUGUGUUUUCCGUCCAUUUUGAAACAGAGAAGACGUUGCUCAACGUAGCACAUGUUUUACCCUUGUGCUUGGAUUGUCAACAUUUAAACAAAUUUUGUGAAGAUUUUUGGUCAUUUUUUUAUUUAUUUAAAUUUUUUUUUUUUGCUGUGACGUCUCAGGAUCGAAUCGCCGUCGAUCGACCAGACAUCAUGUCCUAAAAGACAUGAUUUCACCCCCGUUCUGGACUUAACUGACUGAAAAGGAUUGUGUGUGAGAGAGAGACAGAGCAAAUAAGGCAGCAAGCUAGGAAUUCUGGGAAAGGUCGUCGAUCCUGAUAGUUAAGUAGGAUCCUGGAAAUCCUAAGGAAGAUUGUGAUGGGGAACGCGGCAGGAGGUUUGGAACAGCCUGAGGGCACAGAGGCCGGGGUCAACCCCACUUUAAGCACCAUUAAGAAGAAAACGGCGCCUCCCAAACUGCCCAUGCCUCCCGAGGACGAGCUGGAGGAACGCUUUAACGUGGUGCUGAGCUCCAUGAACCUGCCUCCUGAUAAGAUGACGCUUCUGAGUCAGUAUGAUAAUGAGAAGAAAUGGGAACUGGUCUGUGAUCAGGAGCGUUUCCAGGUGAAAAACCCUCCAUCUGCAUAUGUGAAUAAGAUCAAGAGUUUUUACCAGGACCAAGGAGGAGUGACACGCAGGGUUAGUCUUUUCUUUAUCUUUUUGCUUAAUUUAUUAACCGGAAGUUAUAAAAAAAGAGGUAAAGUGUUUAAGCUCUUUCCUGCUCCACAGUUUAAGAGGCGCAUCCAGGAGUCCACCCAGGUCCUGAGAGAGCUGGAGAUCUCGUUGCGGACCAAUCACAUCGGAUGGGCUCAGGAGUUCCUAAAUGAAGAAAAUCAGGGUUUGGAUGUGCUGGUGGAUUAUCUGUCCUAUGCUCAGAGUGAUGCACCGUUUGAGGUGGAGUCAGUGGAGAAUGGAGGAUCUGUUACAGACAACAGGAAGAUGUCAGAGAGAUCUUUGGAGGAUCUGACCAAAAACACCACGCUCUCAGCGACACAAGGCAUGACCCGGGCUGCUCGGGCUUUCACCGUCCGGCUGACUAAUCUGGCACAAGGCAGGAGAUCUCUGAGAAGUCGCUUAACCCAUAGAGAUGAUGUCCAUGUUUGUAUUAUGUGCCUGCGAGCGAUCAUGAAUUAUCAGUCCGGCUUCAACCUGGUGAUGAGCCACCCUCGCUGUGUGAACGAAAUCACGCUCAGUCUCAACAACAGGAACCCCAGGACAAAAGCGCUCGUCCUGGAGCUGUUGGCUGCCGUGUGUCUCGUCCGAGGUGGACAUGACAUCAUUAUAUCCGCCUUUAACAACUUUAAAGAUGUGAGUGGAGAGAAGAACAGGUUUGAGAAGUUAAUGGAGUAUUUCAGCACUGAUGACAGCAACAUUGACUUCAUGGUGGCGUGUAUGCAGUUCAUAAACAUUGUGGUUCACUCUGUGGAAAACAUGAACUUCCGGGUCCACCUUCAGUAUGAGUUCACGCAGCUUGGCCUCGAUCAGUAUUUAGAGUCUCUAAAGCUGACAGAGAGUGAGAAGUUGCAGGUUCAGAUCCAGGCGUAUCUGGAUAACGUGUUUGAUGUGGGCGCGUUGCUCGAGGACGCUGAGAAUAAGGGAGGACUAGUGGAACAUUUGGAGGAGAUACAAGAACACAACAAACAGCUGAGUGCUAAGCUACAGGAGCAUGAGAAUGGAGAGAGAGAAAAAGUUGCUGAACUUGAGAAGCAGCUCAUGCAGGUCACUAAAGAGACAGCGAUACUCAAGGAGAGCUUGCGGGAGUCGUGCACUCAGGUCAGCACCUUGCAACAGCGUGAGCGUGAGCGAGAGAUCCAGAGAGAGCGAGAGAAGGAGCAGGAGCGGAUAUCUCAACCUUCUCAGCUCGGGAGACAGAAGUCCAAAGACUCUGAGGAGCAGAGGGACAGCAAGCUGGAGGUAAAGCUGAAGGAGCUGCAGGAUAAAGGUCUGGUGCACCUCAAAAGGACAGCUUCGGGAUCUCUGGACAUCGAGGUCGUCCCUGUGACUGUGGUGCAGUACGUCCCUGCUGCUGUCACUGAGACAGACUCAGCACCAGCCAAUCAGACUGCUCCCUCUGUAGCUCCUCCACCUCCUCCUCCACUACCUGGUGAAGAAGCUGCCCCUGCUGCCUGUGUUGUGCCUCCACCACCACCUCCUCCCCCUCCUCCUUUAGGGUCUGGAGUCCCACCUCCUCCACCACCUCCUCCGCCUCCAGGUGGAGGCCCUCCUCCUCCCCCACCCCCUCCUGGGUGUGGCCCGCCUCCUCCUCCUGGAGCUCCUCCUGCACCGGGGGCUGAAGAAGUGGAAAAAAGCAGAAAGCCGAUUCAACCGAAGUUCCGCAUGCCGCUGCUCAACUGGCAGGCUCUAAAACCCAACCAGCUGGAAGGAACUGUGUUUAAAGAGCUGGAUGAUGAUAAACUGUUACAGGAGCUGAACAUGGAUGUGUUCGCGGAGCAGUUUAAGACGAAGGCACAGGCUCCUAAGACUGAUAUCUCCAAGAUUAAGAUAAAAGCUCAAAAAGCUCCUACUAAAGUUUCUCUCCUGGAGGCCAACAAGGCCAAGAACCUCGCCAUCACCCUGAGGAAGGCAGGCAUGAGUCCUGCUGAUAUCUGCACCGCCAUCGAGAAUUACGAUCAGCAGGCCCUGAGCCUGGACUUCCUGGAGCUCCUGGAGCGCUUCAUCCCAUCAGAUUACGAGAUGAAACUUCUGCAGAACUAUGUGAAAGAAGGACGUAAUCUAGAGGACCUGUCCGACGAGGACCGUUUUAUCAUGAGCUUCGGAAAAAUCCCGCGCCUAGCUCAGCGAAUCAGCACGCUCACCUUCAUGGGCAACUUCCCCGAGACGGUUAAGCGGCUGCAGCCGCAACUGAACUCCAUCAUCGCGGCCUCCGUGUCCCUGAAGUCUUCUACUAAGCUGAAGAAGAUCUUGGAAAUCAUUCUGGCUUUCGGGAACUACAUGAACAGCAGUAAGAGAGGAGCGGCUUACGGUUUCCGUUUGCAGAGUCUGGAUCUGCUGUUAGAUACAAAGUCCACAGAUCGUUCUCAGACUCUGCUGCACUUCAUCACUAACAUGGUGCAGGAGAAAUACCCCGAGCUGGCCUCCUUCCACACCGAGCUGCGCUUCAUCGACAAGGCUGCUCUGGUGUCCCUGGAUGGCGUGCUGCAGGACGUGCGCUCUUUAGAGAGAGGGAUGGAAGGAACCAAGAAGGAGUUCAUGGUGCAGGAUGACAUCACAGCGCUUAAAGAGUUUGUUAAGGUCAACAGCCCGCUGCUGGACUCGCUCGUUAAAGACGGCAAAACGGCACAGGAGGCGUAUGUUUCACUGGUGGAGUAUUUUGGGGAAAACCCGAAGACCACGCAGCCCUCCAUGUUCUUCCCUCUGUUUGUCAGAUUCGUUAAAGCCUACAAGCAAGCGGAGCAUGAGAUCGAGCAAAAGAGGAAGCAGGAGAUAGCGGCAGAAGAGCAGACCACGUCUUCGCCCAAGAAGAAAGACGUCACGCCUCAGAAGGGUCCCAUGAUGCCCAAGAUGCCUCAGAUGGAUCUGAUAGCGGAGCUGAAGAAGAGGCAGGUGAAGCCGCAGGUGACCGACGGAGCCAUAGAGGACAUCAUCACAGACUUGAGAAAUGCUCCGUACCGCCGAACGGAUGGCCGAAGACCGGCUCAGCGCCAAGAAAAUUAACGUUAGUCACGUUCACACGUGACAUCUAGACUUUUCUGCACAUUUAUCUGAACAGUAUUAUUAUUUUAUAAUUUUUUUUAAAAUUCAAUCAAUAAAUCUUCAAAUACACUGAUAUGGUGCAUACAGUGCCACACAAAUUACACACUAACACACACACACACACUCACACACACACAAACACACACACAUAAAACACACACACACACACUUUCUUCCUUAUCACUUUUUUUUAAAUACCCGUAUUACUUUUAAACAGCUGUACAUAAAGACAGAUUUAUAACAUUUUACAAUAUGUUGUACCUCAUGGUACUUUUUUUUAUUGUAAUUGAGCUACUGGGACUUAAAUAUUUUGUAUUUUUUAAAAGGUCAAUGGUUCAAAUGUCUCUUUGAAGCCAUUAAAAAAAGCUACGUUGAACAAUAA